AAGAGUAACAGUCGAGAAAAUAGAUGAAUCUUAGAAAAACAGUCUGGUUAGAAAACCUUCGCUUUGAAUUCUGCCCAGAAACGAUGACUCUGUGUAAUUCAGAAAGCUAGGGUUUUCAUUCCGCGAUCAGACUGCGACCAGAACCUCACCAUAUUCAACUGCCAUGAAUUGCGAAGUCUGCCAACUCAAAGAACUGGAAGUUGAGCAGUUCGAGAUACGCGAAGUUCUACGCUGCAUACUACACACAAUUGUAUUUCAUCGAGCUUUAGGUCUUGUACGGCCCAGAGACAUUGAUUUGGAGCUUUUUGAUAUUACUUAUGUGCAAUGUGGGGACAUCGAAGUUGAGAAGAAGAUAGAUGAGAAGAUUGAGCAGUUCAUUAAUUGGGUAGAGAAACACCCGAACAAGAAAAGCCAGGUUUUAAAUUGCUGUAUCUUUCAUAUAUGUUUGUCCUUUUAUCAAGAGAAAAAUAAACAGGCCUCUUGGUUCACUAACAAAAUUGAACGCUUUUAUUGGGAACAAUGGUAUAUCAAUUUGCAUGUGGCUCAGCACAUUAAAAUACAUUCUGGCAAGACUCACCAACAGAAAGUUCUAGUUGAUCCUGGAGAGAAUGGUUUGGAUGAGAGAAUCAUACGCAGGACAACACUGGAAUCAUCUCUUCGCGAGGUGUUGUUCCAAGUAAUAAAAUUUGUGAAUGAAAAGAAGGAUCAUGUUCCUGCUAUACCAAGUCCCGAUUGUGGUGUUGUUAUUUUCCCCUAUGAAAUAACAAUUCCUAGUUCAUCAGACUCUGCAUUUGGAAUGGACAUGAUCAAGAGGAUGUUGCAGACUGGACACCCCACUAUGCUCAGCUGAUUAUCAGAGUUCUGGAGCUACACCAAUAAUCUACCACAUGUCUUUAUAGAAGGUUACAUUUCUUUUAUAUGAUCUCUAUGCAUAUUUAGAGUCAUAUUAAAGAGAAAAAAGAUAAAAUACUAGUGGAGUCGAGGAAAAUAUCUGAUUUUCCUUACAAAAGGGCAUCAAUCCUUCAUGCAUGCAUGUCCUCUAUCCAUGUUAAUAUUCUAUCUUCCUUUCCUCUUUCUUUUUACAUAAUCCUAUUGUGAAUAUUGACACUAAUCAAUGUAUAUAUUUAAUAUCCAUAUGGUUAUUUGAUAUC